AUGGCAGGCUUCCUGGUACCCUGUCCUCCAGUGAGGCUGUGUGUGGGUCUUACAUGUGUCCUGUCCCUUUGGAACACAGUGUCUGCUGUUAAAGGAGAAUCCAAGAAGGAAAAGUUCAUGACAGUCCUUCCUACAACAGCAUCUGGACUUGGAGAAGAGAGGAAGGAAAAAGGGGUGACUUUUCUCGAUACCACAGAGCUGCCUGCAAGGUCGGUCGAUCUGUCUGCCCUGAACCUGACAGAGCUGGUGAAUGGAAUGCUGAAUAGAGCUUUAAAAGAUACCAAGAAGUUCUUCUCCUUGCUAAGCAUCACUUCCUACAGCUCCUUUGCCUUCCACAAGUUUUCUGUGGCCGUUUACAACAUUUCCAACCUGAAGACUGUGGACCCCACCAAAUACCCCACCCGGUACUGCUACUGUGUGAACAACAGGACCAAUGACUUGUCAGAUUUCACGGCCCUACUGGUGGAUGUCAUUGGAAAUUCUACCAGCUACCUCACAGAGAUUUUUAAGUCAACUUCCAUCCUCUCCGUGAGUCAAACAAACGAAUCGGACUGCAUCUUCAUCUGUGUGAUGACAGGAAAGUCAGGAAGAGAUCUUUCUGACUUCUGGGAGAUGGCGGAGAAAUCUCCUGUUAUCAACUACACAUUCACCAGCAGCAUGUCUGGUGUUCUAGGUGCAGCUCCCAGGGGCACAGCUGUGACUUCAAAACUCACACCCACGAGCCAGCAGACACUACCGAGGACAAGCCCCCUGCACAGAGCCCAGAGCACCAGGGCACCUGCUCCAGGGACCUCUCCCUGGACAGAGACAACUCCUCCUGCAGAGGGAGAGCCGGCCAUGAGCACGAUCAGGCUUUCCAAGCUCCACGCCAGGGCCACAGCCAUGGCCACGCAGGGUGGUCCCUCUCCCACCCUCCCAGCCUUGGCAUCCCUGAAAUUAGAGAUCGACAUGAGCCAGUGGACCACGGCCACAAGGAGCUUGCCCAGGCCUCCAGCUAAGACAGCGACCCCCCACGGCAGCCCCUCCCAGGCCCACUCAACCUCAGGAACCUCCACCCGUGGCACACGAACCCCAAGCCCAACAAAGGCACCUGCCCCGAAAUAUCCACAGACAGGUAAGAAGGUUUAUGACCUCCCUACAACAUGGCCACUUACCCCUAAAGAAGAGCCAGCCUUGGUCCUGGGACUCCACCAAGUCUCAAGGUGUCCUGAGCUGCUCCUUGAAGAGGGGGCCAUCACCGCCGCUCCCCUCACCUUGGCCAUCCAGAAGUUCAACCCUUGCCUGAUGGAGCUGUGUCGCUUUUUCCAGCAAUGCCUCUGCAUGAGCCAGAAGAGAGAGGCUAGAGCAGAGGCCAUGAGGUACUGUCUUCAAUACUAUUCCUGGUUUCUGAAGAAUGCAACAUACAUCUGUCAGAGGGUAAAAAGGGUGUCCCACUCCCACACGUUAAAACAAAAAUGCCUCCAGAAUAUCUGUCAGUCAGUGUGA